AUGGCUGAAAUCCCUCCUCCCAAGCCACAAGUCUUCAUCAUUCCCGGAGCCUAUCACCCGGGCUCCGUCAUGAACUUGUUCAUCAAGUCACUGAAAGCAGCAGGAUUCUCUGCUGAAACCACCACAAACCCCAGUGCCGGUACUGCAGGCGCCACCACGCAAGAAGAUAUAGCGAACGUGCGGGCUCUGCUCACGCCGCAUAUCGCCGAGGGGAAAGAUAUCGUCGUCGUCGCCCAUUCGUACGGCGGCGUGAUAGCUUCAGGAGUCAUUGCCGGUCUAGACAAAAGAGGCCGAGAAGCUCAGGGUUUGAGGGGAGGUAUUGUCGGAGUCAUUUGUCUGGCGGCUCUUUUGAAUGCUCCGGGGCUGUCAAUCUUUGAGAUGAUGGGAGGGAAAUGGUCGGACUGGCUCGAAACUGAAGGCAUCACAUACGCUCGAAAUCACAUCGAGGUCUUCUACCAUGACGUCUCACCCGAAUUAGCAAAAAGCGUCAUAGCAAGUCUAAAGCCGCAGUCUGCACUAUCAGUUAAAACCAAGUUUGACACAAUCGGAUGGCUAGACAAGACAUAUGACGGCCGCCGCGCGUACAUUCGCUGUCUUCAGGACCACGCAUUGCCUCUGGCGAUACAGGAUGGCAUGGUUGCUGGGUCAGGGGUUGAAUGGAUAACCAAGUCUUUGGAGUCUUCGCAUAGCCCGUUUUUGUCGAUGCCGGAUGAGUUGACGCGAGUGGUUGCGGAGAUUGUAGCGGAGUUUGCACAGAAUUGA